AUGUACCAUCAUCUUCCAUUACAGAUCGGCAACAGAAGAGGAGACGACGAACCAAUGAAACCUAAAAUGUUCCCGGCAAACAACUACAACAACAGCCAACAAAUGCUGCAGGAGAUUCGAAACAGCCUCCGCAACAUGACCAAACCCUCGGAUCCGCCUAAAGCAGACCUGAGCGGCGGUGGGAAGAUGCUGUUGGAAGAUUCGAGGCAGCAGGGACGGUCGAGUAACCCCAAAAAAACCCACCAUAAGGCUCUACAGGAGAUCCGCGAGUCGCUACAGCCCUUUGCUAACGGCACCAGCCAUCCUGCGGAGAAACACAUGGAUCCACCGCGGGCUAGCUUCGAGGAGCCCAGCCACAGCCGCAGUGGGGGUUUGGAUUACAUGAGUAAGGUGAGCUACCAGGACUCCAUGAGGGAACAGAUGGCCCCCAACCCCAGCAGCUCCAACAUGAAAGCCUCCGGCUCGUCCCACCUCCAGCAGCCUGUCCUGAGGAGGCAGAGCUGGAAGGGGUCUCGAGAGUCCCUUACCCCGCGACAUGGCCCCCUGAUGUCGGACCCACUCUACCGCUCCGACAGCCCUGGACCUCCUCCUGCUUUUCCACAUCCAUCCAACAACCAGAGAGUGAACCCCCCGGUCCCCCCUCAGGUUCGCAGCGUCACACCCCCUCCCAACCGCGGCGCCCUGCCUCCCGCUCCCUCCUGGGACAACCCUUCCACCAAACGCUACUCCGGGAACAUGGAUUAUCUCGUGCCGCGCAUCUCUCCGGUGCCUCAGAACGGGUGGCCAGAGAGCUACACCUCCUCAGCACCGCAGAAUCAAAGAGGCAGCCAUCAGCCAAUCAUAAUGCAGAACACGGGCGCGACGAAGUUCACCUUUCCGUCUUGGCCCCAGAAUAGUAACCAGCAGUCGGAUUAUCAUUCAGGAAGUAGGCAGCCUCCUCCACCGCCAUAUCCUGUCAACCAGUCCAGCCGCCACAGCCCGACAGACCAGGCAGGAGGUCCAGCGUCGUCACCGUCUUACAUCAACGGAGGCAAUCUUCCUCAAUCUCUCAUGGUGUCCAACCGAAACAGCCACAAUUUGGACAUGUACGGAGUCGGACCUCCUCAGACAUGGGUCCAGCAAGCGCCUUCUUCAAGCCAACUUCAGUCGUCUUCGGGGAGCAGCAAUAACCAAGACCUGUCUCCGUCCUGGCAAAACAUUCCGGUUCGCUCAAAUUCUUUCACAAACCCCAAUUUGAACGGUAGAGGUAACUCCCAGCCUUCCGCCACGACUGUCACAGCGAUUACCCAGGCCCCUAUACUGCAGCCGGUUAAAAGCAUGCGCGUUCAUAAGCCGGAGCUCCACACCGCGGUCGCACCCACGCAUCCUCCCUGGGCACAGCCGCCUCCCCCAGCCCAAGCCGCGCCGGCGUAUCCAGAAGCUACGCAACCUGUGCCGCAGAUGUCAGUACAGCAGGAAGCGCCAAGCUACCAAGGCCCGCCCCCUCCCUAUCCCAAACACCUUCUCCCGCAAGGGGCGGGUCCAAGUCCUCCUGCGUACGACCCAGCAGCAGCUAAGGCGAGUUCCCCGGAAGACGAGGCGAAUCCUGGGGAAAAGCAAAGGGAAAAAACGGGGGAGAGUUCGGAAACUGCGGCAGAGAAGGAGAAGAAGCAGAUCACGACGUCGCCGGUUCCGUUAAGGCGCAACAAGAAGGACUUGGAGCGGAGGGGCGAGACGGGGAGGGUGGCGCUCUACUCGCCGCAAGCGUUUAAGUUCUUCAUGGAGCAACACGUGGAGAAUAUCCUGAAGAACCACCAGAUGAGGAUCCGCCGGAGGAAGCAGCUGGAGAGCGAGAUGCAGAGGGUAAGAAGCCACACCUAA